AUUUGUUCUUCUCUAGAGGCUAUAGAGCACAUAGGAGUCGGCUGCUUCUAUGAGCUUGACCACUCCAAGCUUCCUCCCAAUGCUCCAGAGCUCCUCAAGUCCAUUCGAAUCGUCAUGGUGAGCAAGAAGGCGAUGCUCAAAGUCUCGGUGAGUUUUCCGAGCAUUGACUCGCUGCAAGCUUUUCUGAGCGAGAACGGGGGGAGCGUCAAGAAUCAGCUUCCGGCGCUGGACGAGAAGUACUUUCUGGAGCCGGAGGCGGCGUCGGAGGUGCUGUACCGCCGCGUCCCGCCGGAGGAGAUUUCUGAGCGGAGAAAGGUGUGGAGUUUCUGGGCGGUGGUUACACGGCGUCGUUUCGAGAGUAUUGUGAGGAAUCCGGUGAAAAAGGAGACGAGGCCGCCUGAGAUUAGUCUAAACGGCUUGGUCCAGUGGGGGACGCGCAAACGGGUUCGGUUCUUGAGCCCGACCCGGAGUCCGAGUCCGGUUCCGGUGAGCGAUGAAGAGACGGAGGUUGAGGAAGGCGGUGGAUUGGAUGAGGAGACGAGUGAGGAAGAAGAAAAAGAGGCGGAGGCGGAGGUGGUGGUGGUGAAGAAUCGGAGGAGUGAGAGAAGGAAGCAGCCUAUUAAGUCUCAGAAGAAGCCCAAACGUGAAGAACAGAGCAAGCAGACUGUGGUGCACAGUAAGAGUGAGAGGAGAAUGGUUAGAGCUUCAGUGGCAAGAUGGUCUACUGGGAGGUAUAAAAUGGCAGAGGAGAACAUGUUGAAGGUGUUGAAGGCAAGAGGGGCUACUGCUGGGAAGCCAAUAAAGAGGGCAGCGCUGAGAAAUGAGGCGCGGAAGUUGAUCGGUGACACGGGUUUGCUGGACCAUUUGCUGAAGCAUAUGGCAGGGAAGGUGGCACCAGGUGGGGCUGAACGGUUUCGGAGGCGGCACAAUGCUGAUGGGGCAAUGGAGUAUUGGCUUGAGAGUGCGGAUUUGGUUGAGAUUAGGAAGGAGGCUGGGGUUCAGGAUCCUUAUUGGACUCCACCACAGGGGUGGAAGCCUGGUGAUGACCCUAGCCAAGACCCAGUUUGUGCAACAAUGUUUAAGGAGCUGUGGGAUGAAAUAGCUAAGAUGAAGAAGAGGGAGAAGGAAUCCAAGCAGCCAGAGCAGGGUUUAGCUAUGGUGCCGAUCACCUCAAACUCUUUGGUGACAAGUAUGGAUUGGGAUCAAGCUUACAGUUCAGUAAUGCAGCUAAAGGACAAAUAUACACAAUUAGCUGUCAGGAAGUCCAAGUGUGAAGAACAAAUGCAGCAAGCUUCUCAAACUUUGUCUAGAAUGGAGGAAGAAAUUAUGGCCCUGAAAUCAACCAUGCAAGCACCAGCAGCAGCACUUAUGUACUACUCAGAAGCAGCUGAUGUGCCACAACUGACAGACGAUGAAAGACGGGCAAAUGAGGACAAGGCUACAAAGCUAGAGAGACUAAGGAGUGGCUUCAGGAUUUGCAGGCCACAGGGGACAUUUCUGUGGCCAAACAUGAAUAUGUCUGUGUCUCAACACCAGAUUGACCCAUCUGCGGUCCCAACCACACCCUCUGUUACCUUUUCCACAAAACCAGCAAACCAGCUAGACCUAGUCCUUACUCAGUCUCCACAUGCACCCAGUCCAGGCUCAAGCUCAGGUUCCCUUGUUAAGCCAUUUCCUGAGAGACGAGCAGUCAACACAUCAACUCUGUUAUGCAGUGUGAUUAACCCACCCUCUCUUUCUCCUGCUUUUACUCGAGUGUCAUCUGAGAUUGAGAAGACAACCUCCCUGUCCCAGAGUUCCAAGACCCUUCAAAUCAACCUCAAUGAAAUACCUGGUGAUGCCCAACACAAUGAAUCUACUGCAAUUUCUAGAACCCUCACCUACCAAAGAAGACGUCAACUGAUGAAGGCCAGGAAAGAGAAGAAUGCAGAUGCAAGGAAGGAUAGUAUGAGCUUGAGAGGGAACUCCAAGUCUGAUCAUCAGAAAAGCCUCUAUUUAUUGAAACAAAGGAAGGGCUUGGGUUUGGCGCCGCAGGGGCUUGAAACCAAAAGCAAAAAGGAGGCUGCUUCUGCUUGUGCUUUGGAAUUCAUGGCAAUCUCCUUUCCUCUUCUGUCUCUGAACGCCGUCUCUUCAUCUUCUUCUUCUUCUUCUUCUUUGUUUCCAUUUCCGCUGAGUUCUUUGAACUCCCAGAGCCGUGGUUUAGUACUGAGAAAUCACCGCUCGGUGGUUAGCUGCUCGUCUUCUGAGACGGACUCCGGGUCUGAAUCGCUCAAUGGAAAUGGAAGACAUUCCCAAAUGUCGUCUAUGACACCUUUUGGGGUGACAAUGAAUGAAGCUGGGUUGUCCAGACCACCUUAUAAAUGGCGAAGGGUCUUGCUUAAAGUAAGUGGAGAAGCACUUGCUGGAGAUCACACACAGAAUAUUGACCCAAAGGUAACGAUGGAAAUUGCAAGGGAGGUUGCAUCUGUGACUCGCCUUGGCGUUGAGGUUGCCAUUGUUGUUGGUGGGGGAAAUAUAUUCCGUGGAGCCUCCUGGGCUGGAAGUAGUGGUCUUGACCGUUCAUCUGCUGAUUACAUCGGGAUGUUGGCUACUGUAAUGAAUUCAAUAUUUCUUCAAGCCACAAUGGAGAGUAUUGGUAUCCCUACUAGAGUGCAGACUGCAUUUCGGAUGUCUGAGGUUGCAGAACCCUAUAUACGUCGAAGGGCUGUGAGGCAUCUGGAAAAGGGCAGGGUAGUGAUCUUUGCAGCAGGAACGGGAAAUCCAUUCUUUACAACAGAUACUGCCGCAGCACUUCGUGGUGCAGAAAUCAAUGCAGAGGUGGUGCUGAAAGCUACAAAUGUUGAUGGAGUUUACGAUGAGGAUCCUAGGUGUAAUCCAAAUGCCCGUCUUCUUGAUACUCUUACAUAUCAGGAGGUGACAUCAAAAGAUCUUUCAGUGAUGGACAUGACUGCCAUUACUUUAUGCCAGGAGAACAAAAUUCCUGUUGUGGUGUUCAAUCUAUGCAAACCGGGUAACAUCUCAAGAGCCAUAAAGGGGGAGAAGGUCGGCACGUUAAUUGGGGCAGCAUGGAAUUCAACAGUGGCGCCAAGAACAUAAGCAAUGGCUAGAUGAAUUCUGAUGCUGAUAGUACAUUGAGGUGGUUUGUCACUGAAGCUCAAAGGUACUAGUAUUCAAAAUGUAAGGUGUAAAUAAUUUCCAUCCAAGGUUAGCUAAAAGAAAUUUUGAAGUAUUCUAGUUUUGCCGGUCCAAACAUUUUAUUGUUUAAUGAUUGUAUGUAUAAUAUAAUGAAACAGUGAAUGAGAUCUAUAUCUGUUUCUUUUUUGCCCAACAAGAAAGAAAGAAAAGAAGGCGUGGCAUCUUGCAUCUCUUAACUCUUCAUGGUAUGAAGGGUAACAACCGGAGAAAUCAGGGU